AUGUCAUCACAUCGUUACGAACUCGACCUCACUCUCAAAUCAGCAAAAGCACUCAAGAACGUGAACUGGCGCCAUGGCGCUAACCAACCAUACGCCGUGGUUUGGGUUGAUCAAGCCAACAAGUUCACAACCAAUGUAGACGCAAAUGGCGACACGGAAGCUGACUGGAAUCAAACAAUGAUCCUCCCUUUACCACCGAUACGGUUCGAGGAUCUCACUUUAUACAUUGAUAUCGUUCACGCUGGAUUUGAAGAAGAUACUAAGAAACUCAUCGGCUCGGCUCGGCUCCAGCUCGUUGAUGUUCUUGAUUUCGGUAUCGGCGAGCGGGAGAGUCGUGUGCUCACAUUGAAACGGCCUUCUGGAAGGCCGCAAGGGAAGGUUGAGGUUAAGGUGGGGAUCAGAGAGAAUGCCUAUCAUGCGCAGGGUGCGUAUUAUCCUCCUGCUUAUGGUGUUCCAUACGGUGCACCUGCUCAACCGGGACCGUAUUAUUCAGCUGAUCCACCAGCGGGGUACCCUCAAACGCCGUCGUAUAGUUCACAAACGAAUGUGUAUGUACAAGUGGAGGAAAAGAAGAAGAGUAAGUUUGGUGGAAUGGGAACGGGAUUGGCUGUGGGAGCGGUUGCUGGGGUACUUGGUGGAGUCGCGUUGGUUGAAGGUGCUGAGUACAUUGCAGAAAAACUUUCCGAUGAUGAUGAUUUCUAG